GGGCCCAUUUCUAAAUGCCUCGUCUUCUGGACCUACCUAAAACGUAUUAACUUCAGAAUAAAUAUACUCAACGAUUGAUACUGAUCUUUUCUUACAGUCCGAUCUCAGAAUCGUUAAAACGUCGCGGCCUCGAAGUGACUGUUUCGCUAAAAAAUGGGCGUAGACGUUUAAAAUGGUGACCGAAGGCGCCAUUUCGACUGACUUUCGGCUCACACCGAUUAGGCAAUGUGUGAAAUGAAAGUUCUUCCGCCGGUCACCGGUGACCGGCACGUUGUGAAAUGGAGGUUCUUCCGUCGGUCACCGGUGGCCGACGGAGGCAGUGAAUGUGUUAAGUGGCCGUUCGAGUCGAUGAACAGAGAGCAGGUGCAGAAAAUCGGUAGUCGGUGGCAUGCGUUAAGAAUUGCGGGCAACAUGAGGCAACGCAAAACCGGCACGACGCUUGGCGCCACGGCGCCUAUAUCUACGGAAAAGGAGCGGCUCAAGUUCCAGGACAAUAGGUUCUUGACAACUCUGGUGCUCGGCAGAAAUAGGAAAAUCUCGCCAGACGUGCUGCCCUCCUGUUCCCCUGGGAUCUUUCGUCAAAGAUCGUUUCGCGCCGCGACACCGCCGAGAAGCACCGUCGGAAAUUCGGACGGUACCGCGGCAAACAACAACAACGAUCGCGCAGACGCAAACGCAAACGGUCCUCCAGCACCUCCACGUGAUCCAAAAACACCAUCGAACAACAGCAGCAGCAGCAGCAGCGGUCGCACGAAGAGCAGCGGCGUUUUACUGCUCGCGCGGGGCGCCCGUGGUGCCAGCAAGCACGCGCGGCUUGGCACGGCACUGGCGAACAAAAUGGCGUCCUCGAGCUCCACCACGGUCGUGCAGGGCUGGCCGAAUACCAAGGACGACUACGAGCUGAAAGAGGUUAUCGGUGUGGGAGCGACCGCGAUAGUGCACGCUGCGUUUUGCAUACCUCGUCAGGAAAAAUGUGCGAUCAAAAGAAUAAAUUUGGAAAAAUGGAACACAAGCAUGGACGAGCUGCUGAAAGAAAUUCAGGCAAUGUCCUCCUGCAAUCACGAGAAUGUCGUCACAUAUUACACGUCGUUUGUGGUGAAGGAAGAGCUCUGGCUCGUCCUCAGGUUGCUAGAAGGUGGAUCCCUUCUGGACAUUAUCAAACACAAAACGAGAACCUCGAACUGCAAACACGGGGUGUUCGACGAGGCCACGAUAGCCACGGUGCUACGAGAGGUGCUGAAAGGCCUUGAAUACUUUCACAGUAACGGGCAGAUACACAGGGACAUAAAAGCCGGUAAUAUCCUACUAGGAGAAGAUGGCACCGUACAGAUAGCUGACUUUGGGGUCAGUGCUUGGCUCGCGACUGGUCGCGACCUCAGUAGACAGAAAGUCCGACAUACGUUUGUAGGGACACCGUGCUGGAUGGCACCAGAGGUCAUGGAGCAGGUGAGACAGGACCACGGAUACGAUUUCAAAGCAGACAUCUGGUCGCUCGGCAUCACCGCCAUCGAGAUGGCCAGCGGCACAGCUCCGUACCACAAGUAUCCGCCGAUGAAGGUGCUGAUGUUGACGCUGCAGAACGAUCCACCGACCCUGGACACCGUGGCCGACGACAAGGAUCAGUACAAAGCGUACGGCAAGACAUUCCGGAAGAUGAUAGUAGACUGCUUGCAAAAGGACCCAACGAAGAGACCGACGGCGACCGAGCUGCUGAAACAUCCGUUCUUUAAAAAAGCAAAGGACAAAAAGUAUCUGCAGCAAACCUUGGUAGCAAUCGGUCCCAGUCUCGAGACCAGGGUGCAGAAAGCCUCGAAGAGGCAGCCCGGCACGUCUGGUCGCCUGCACAGAACAGUCACAGGGGAAUGGGUGUGGUCCUCCGAAGAGGAGGAAACUGGAGCGUCGAGCGGCGACGAAGGCAAGGAAGCAUUACCAGUGAACACAAUCGAAAACCCAAGCAGCGAGGAGGAGCCCGAAGAGGAAGAAUACGGAAUGGUGAAGUUGGCACCGAGUCAGCUGGUCCUGCAACACAUCGAGCAAAAUGAUCCCAUAAACUUGGUCGUAAGAUUACGAAACCAAAAACGGGAACUCAACGAUAUCAGAUUCCAGUUCUCCGUCGGGGUAGACUCAGCCGAAGGAAUCGCAGCGGAGCUCGUAGGGGCUGGUUUGGUCGACGGCAAGGAUAUCGUUGUGAUAGCAGCAAAUUUACAGAAGCUAAUAGAUAGCGCCGGCCAAUUACGGACGGUAACUUUUUCACUGAACUCUGGCCACGCGCCCAACGAAGUGCCGGACGACAAGGCGUUAAUAGGAUUUGCUCAGAUCUCCAUCACCGAUUAAAUAUACCACAUUUCUGUCGUGCAUUCUGGAAAUGUCGGCAGGGGGGGGCGGAGGAUACCGUUCUUAACCACCGUUCUGAGAAUAGGAAGUAUCAAAAGCUCUUUUGGUUCCUUGAAUGGCCGGGGGAACAGCCGGGACAGCUGUAGGGUAAAGAGUUCGUAGCCACACCUUCUAUACCAUACUAUUUUUUACAGCUUUUGCUACUUUCACUUCUUCCAAAGUUCGUAAUUGAUGCGUGCGACGAGACAUUUUGGUCAGCGGGUGCAGGGCGUAGGUAUAUAGGUUAGCUUGAAAAUGCAUUCAGAAUCGCGAAGACAGUUCUUUGGGCGGAAAAAAAAAAUACGAACUUAUCAAGAGAACGAGUCUUAUUGGGAACCCUCUUGCUACGAGAGAAUCUGAGAUGUCUGAAGAAAUAGCAAC